CCAGCCGCCCCCCCCCCCCAAAAAAAAAACGCGAACGCGGCCCAACCGGCUCCAAGCACGACAGGUUGGGCUGGGGGUCUCCUCCUCGUUCCGUCUUCUUCCUGCUUGCCGUCCGCUCCGAGUGUUUGUGGCCUUGUGACCCCCCCCCACCACCACCCCAUCGCCGUCUUCCCAUCUCUCUCGUCGACCCAGCAAAGCGAGCGCGUGUGGGGGUUUGCCAGGCAGAGGCGGGCCAUUGAAGAGGCGGACACAGGAAGAGGAGCCGUUGUUGGGUGGAGGGGUUGGGGGGGUUUGUGGGUAGCGUGUCUCUCUCUCUCUCUCCUUCUCUCUCUCUCUUUCUCUCCAUGGAGUUCGUGGAGCUUAUAAAGACGCCCAAGGUGGAGGGAGUGGUGCUGGAGCGGCCCUGCGCCGCUCCGCUGGAGGGCACGCUGUGUCUCACCGGCCACCACCUCAUCGUGUCUUCGCGUCGGGAGCACGCCGAGGAGAUGUGGCUGCGCCUGUCGUCCAUCGACGCCGUGGAGAAGAGCUUUGAGAGCCGUGGAAACCAGGUCGUCAAGUUUACCGAUCUGCAGGAGGAAAGAUUUGCUGGGACUGUAGGGACUCUGACAAUAAAGUGCAAGGACCUUCGGAUCAUACUGCUGCACAUCCCAGGAAUGGAAGAGUGCCACAACAUUGCCAGCUCCAUUGAAGUGCUCUCUACGCUGACGGCUGUCAACCUGUACUACCCCUUCUUCUACCGGCCUAUGUUCGAGGCGUUGGAGGACGGCUGGCACUCCUUUCUGCCCGAGCACGAGUUUACGCGCCUCACCUCGCACACGGCCGACUGGCGCCUGAGUCACGUGAAUAAGGACUUCACGGUGUGUCCGUCCUACCCACCGGUUGUCAUCAUCCCCAAGGCCAUCGACGACGAGAUGGUCAAGAAGGUCUCUGCCUUCCGGCAGAACGGCCGAUUCCCGGUGCUCAGCUACUACCACAAGACCAAUGGCAUGGUGAUGAUGCGCUGCAGCCAGCCGCUGACGGGCUCGGGUGGGAAGCGCUGCAAAGACGAUGAGAAGCUGGUGAACGCCGUGCUGGGGCCCGGCAAGCGUGGCUACAUCAUCGAUACGCGCUCCCUGCACAUCGCCCAGCAGGCCCGUGCCAAGGGGGGCGGCUAUGAGCCCGAGGCACACUACCCACAGUGGCGCCGCAUCAACAAGUCUAUUGAGAGGUACAAUCUUAUGCAGGACAGUUUCAUCAAACUGGUGGAGGCCUGCAAUGAUCCCUCGCAUAACAUGGACCGCUGGCUCAGCAAACUGGAGGCGUCAAACUGGCUUGGCCACAUCAAAGACAUCCUCACCGCCGCCUGUUUGGCAGCACAGUGUCUUGACAGGGAGGGUGCCUCUGUGUUGGUGCACGGCUCCGAUGGCACAGACUCCACUCUACAAGUCAGUGCCCUGGCCCAAGUGAUCCUCGAUCAGGACUGCCGCACCCUGCGUGGCUUCCAGGCGCUGGUGGAGCGCGAAUGGCUGCAGGCAGGCCACCCUUUCCAGGAGAGGUGCAGCCGCUCCGCGUUCGCCAACGUCAAGCCACGGCAGGAGGCGCCCUCCUUCCUGCUGUUCCUCGACUGCUGCCAACAAAUCCAACGGCAGUUCCCGUGCUCCUUCGAGUUUGGCGAGCGUUUCCUCGUCCUCCUGUUUGAACACGCCUACGCCUCUCAGUUUGGCACCUUCCUGUGCAACAGUGAGCUCGAGAGAAUGAAGAUGAAGGUGCAGCAAAAGACAGUGUCAAUGUGGUCGUGGGUGAACAGGCCGGAGGUGAUGGAGCAGUACCUCAACCCGCUGUACGAGCCCAACAACCUGGCCAUUUGGCCGUCAGUCGCGCCGCAGAGCCUGGUGCUCUGGGAAGGUGUGUUCCUGCGCUGGAACCAAAGCUUCAAGUGUGUGCAGGAAGCCUGGGAUGAGGUGGUGCUCAUCGCCGCACGCCACAAGGAGCUGCAGGCUCGCGUGAGCAGUCUGAAGGAUGAGCUGGCCUCGCUCGAGACGGCCCGCGACCCCCCCAAUGGAGAGCAGUGACCUCGCCCGCUCUGUGCAACAUUGGGCCGAGCGUCGAGGGGCCAGUAAACCACUCGCAGAAGCAAGCCUCCUGUCCUCGCACGCACCAGGGUGCUGUGUAAAAUUGGCUUUGCUUGUACGUCAUCAGUUUUUCUUCUGUUCGUACACGUACGAUUACAUUCGAACGCGUACAAACGGAAUCGGAGGAAAAUGUCAUUAUCGGGGUACCAUCUUCAGGUCGGAAGACGUAACGAGGCUCCCACAAGGCCAUGGGGGGGGGGGGGAUGGCGUGUGGCACAGUUUGGCACCAGCUAUUGUUAAGUGCGGUCGUGUCGCUACAGUUCUCUGCGGUAAGUACAAUGUCUGUAAAAAAACAACGGCGCUACACCUCUAAGCAAAAUUAACGCUGAGCCGUUUGCACGUUCCAAGAUGCGGCGGUGAACAGGGCGCACCCUGCAACCCGCGGACGGCUCGGAACGGCAAGGGCUUAAAUUGCGUCUGGGCCCCCGAGCCCCAUAUAUGUGCAUUUCCUUCUCGCUGGUCCCUCUGCUGCGUCGGUGGCAAUGCGACUGGCCACUCGCCCCCUGAGGGUAUUCCUUGCAUAUCCAGGGUGUUCUCAACAGCAUGGCGAAGUGAGAGCCGACCGGCAACAGACACAACGCGGUGUUCAGAGCAGGAAGAUUUGAGCUCGUGCCUUGUGGACGUAUAAUUCCCUGCUUUGGCGCCUAAUAGUUAAUAGCAUGCAAGAUUAGUGUUUGCAUAUCUCAAUUUUGGAAUUCUGUAAAAGGCUUGUCUGAGAAAUAGAUGGGUCAACAUGGUUUCAAAUAAAGUUGCUUCACAUAUGGAGAAAUUAAAGUUCCCAAGAAAGUCGGUGGAAAGAAUAAAUUGGUUAAACUUUGUUCUAUGCUGAAUAUUGAAGACUAAGUGGACUUUCAGGGAUUUUUAAGAUAAAUGUGAUGAUACCAAAACACAGGGCCAUUGCACUUUAUGCAGUCCAGAAGGAAAGACCGUUAUUGUAUUUACAGGCAAAUACACUAAACAAAAGGCAAAUUAUAAUAGUUAUGAAUGAAAGUUUCCACUGUAAUAUUUAGGUUUGUCAUUUUACAUAUCAAUGGGAUUCUUAAAUGAUCCUUAUGGCGGUUACCCUGGGGUACCAAAUAAUACAAAAUGGCCGAGGCAAUUAAAUAUUUUAUUUCUGGGACACUUUUUUUUUCCAGGGGGUGUUACUUAACUCCGCGACUGGGGUUACCAAUCAAGCUGAAAUCGGUGGUGCUACUCUGCGAGGUGGAAACGCAGCGAGGGCGAUCGCGCUGAAACCCUGAACGCUCGUGGGCACCGUGGUGGUACAUCGUGUACAGCUCGUCGAGAUGAGUCGAUUGCCGCAACGCCGACCAUCAACAGACUAAAAAUGACUGCAUCACGGACAUUGUGCGAGAGCUGGGGUACUAUGCUACCCCGGGGUAGCGCCAUAAGGUUCAAAUGUUUUGUAGUUGCAGAAAUUGGAGCAAAAGUUUGAGGUAAAUUGUUGAGGUCUUAUUACGAACAGCUGGGUUUUACAUUUUAUUUGUAUUGCCUCAGACAGUAUUUGCUGCGGGCAUUUUUUGGUUUCUGGAUUAACACUACAACCAUUGCACCGGUUGUAAAUUCGAAGGAUAAUUGAGCCUGCAUCCGCUUCUUCGUCAUGAGGCUGUUAUCAUUUAUUGUUGUAAAUAUAUUUCUUAAGUGAUGUGUUUAACACGAUAAAAAAAAAUGUUUUGUAAAAUAAUGGAGAACCACUGAAGUUAGUCACAAAAAGGAAUGCUAGUCCAGCGUGCGCCAUGGUGGAGUGGGGUCAUUGGGAGCAGAAGCAGGAAGUGCCCUGUUUAUUUGCCUCUCCUGUUGACCCUCGCUCUGCUACGCGGGCCUUCUCUGGACGUUGUUCAUUGGAAAAUAGCGCAGCUGGAGCCCUGCCCAAUCGAUCAUCUCUGCUUCACGAGGGGUCCUUUCAGUACAAUGGUUCUCAAUUGCAGUCAGUGACACCCUCUCUAAAACAGUAGUCUUAUUGGCCUGUCUUAGCCGCAUUUCCGACUUAGGUCGUGUAGGGAGCUUGAUUCUGGUCGGAUCCUGACGGCUUCAGUUAAAUAUCCUGUUUUUGGAUGCAGUAUAAAUAAUUAUUACCCACAGAACAAACAGGCCAGACUGAACUACUGGCUGCAGUGGCUUUCGAAAGUUAUCAUGACAUGAACACAUCAGAGUCGUAGACAUUCAGAUAACCUAUAUAUUUGGAGUUGUGAUGUGUGCCAGAAGCCUAUUCCUGGUGCACAGGAUAAAUGUUUUUUUUUUAAGGGAAUAAUAAGCAAUUAGGACAUAUAACAACAACACAUGGAGAUUACCAGUCUCUCCAUGUUUACUUAAAAAAAAAGUAAUAUUUUAUUCAUCGGCUAUGGGCUAUUCACCGCUGGCUAAUGACCUCCCCAUGCACCACAGGUCUUACGAUGCCAACAUAGGCAAAUGCCACUGCAUUUAGGCGUUGCUCUAUUCUCAGAUGUGUGUUCUACGAGCUGCUGUUCUGUUACCAUUCUCGUCCAUUGGCCAUGAUCCCUUCGGGCGGUGUGUCCUCUCCAAGCCCACUUUCGUUCACAGUGAAAAGGAAGUCUAACCUGCGUCUAUGCUCGGAUGCACGAGUUAAUCUUUCUGUCAGUGCAGUUUGGGCGCCACGGUGGCGAGAUGUUAACUACCUCGCCUGGUGUACAGCACGUGGGUUCGAUCCCGACCCUGACACCUGUACAUUUGGAGAGUGCAUGUUCUCCCCUAGGUCGCGUGGAUUUUUCUCCAGGUCUUCCAGUUUUUGACCCUCCACAUUUAGAAUCGACGUGCGUUUAGACGACUUGGGUGCUAUACAUUUCCACAUGAUAAGCCACUUUCUUUGACCUAUCAAUUGUGGCCAGGACUCUUCUGAAGAUGAGCUAAGUAGUUUAGUGGGCCUUACCUGGUAAAAUAAAAAAAUAGUUUAGUUUAGAAUUUUAAAUUUUAAUUCCAAGCACGUAUCUCUCCAUGCCUUGUGCACUUUUGGGAUUCUGUUGUAUUUCUUCAGUGUCCGUAUUUUAUGAUCUUAUCUGUCAUAGCAGGUAAUAAGCACAGAUUUAAAACAUUCUUCAGUCACCUUUGCCAUUGUUGCUAUUACCAACCUUGCAUCUUCUGUGCGUUUUCCACAUGGAACAACAUGUGAAUCGGCGAACACAUGCCACUUUAGUCCAUUUGUAAGGACAUUAAAGCCUCAUUGAGUUUUGCGUGGUUGUAGGAGAGCCGUCAAUACUAGGCAAGCCAGGCAAUGCACUUUGCUCAGUCCAAUGAGCGCCAAUGAUAGCCAAUGUUCCAGAUAUUUACUCAGAAUAUUGCCACAGCACUGCCAUUGUGUUGUUGCUCGUAUCGUUGAGUAUCCUGUCCACGAGCCAAUGCUCUCCUGUCUGCAGUAAGUCAUUCACGCAGAUGUGUUCAAAUACUUUUUUCUGACAUUGUUUUUUUGCUGGUCGUAUAUGACGUCCAGUCACACUGGCAUACUCUUCAUCGCUUGCACAGAAACGAGCACAGCCCUCAUUCUAUGGAGCAACUUCAAAGUUUGAUGCGUCUCGCCAGAACAUGUAAAUAUGUGGUCACAUUUUGUUGGAUGCUUCCAAUGGACGGUGCAGUAGUUUCCUCUGACGUGAAAAGAGCUUGCAUCAAGUUGGGGUGGUAUCCCAAUGCACGGUCAGCGUGUAACCCAAUUGUAUCGGGGAAACGGAUCUUGAAUGUGUUUACACGUGGUCACAAAAUGGAUGAGCGUGCAACCCUCUAGCACUCCCAGCAGUUGGAACACAAUUUUGGAUCGUCCUCUCACUCCCCAAAACAAAACGUAUUUUGCACCGUACACAGCCAAUUGGUAACUCAACGAAGGUGGUAGUGAAGGCCGACCUGGCAAUCGACGGCUAAUUUUGCGUCAUGGUGCACCAAAGAAUGGACGACGAGAAUGACGAGUGGUUCGGUGGGCAAUGGAGUUGAUGGAGCCACGCUCUAGUUGACCUCGGGGCCAUGUUCCUGGUAUUGAACAAUGAAACGUUCACCAGUUUAAUGAGCUACAUGCUCCAUAUAUACACCCGGAGUGCUUCGAAGUCCUCCCCGUGGCGGUAAAUGUUGCCUGGAUAUUACUCAUUGAGCAGGCUUGGAAGGUUCCACAUUCCACAAUCAUAAAGCAUUGCAAAUACUAGUGUUGCUCGUUUGUUGGGAGCGAUUUGAGGGUAGUCACCAGGAGAGGAUGUAACAUCCUGUACUCAUUAAAAAUAUCUUCCAGGUACCCAUGUAGAAGACAGACAAAAAUUAGCAAUCCGCUAGUUUCAAUCUAUAAUCGUCCAACGUGUCCUCGAGUUCAAGUAUGUGACUUCACUGUUCCUAUUUGUUAUUUUGUGUUGAAAUAAAGCGAUGUUUUCUCGUCGCAUGAAUAAUCUAACUCGUGCUGUGUUCGCCCACUAAUCAUUCCCGUAAAAACCAGUUACCGUCCUCUGUGGGCAAGUCAUUGCUAUCGCUGGCAAUGUUUGUUCCUGCCCUGUUAUUGUUCGUCGUCUUUGAGUGUCUCACGCAUUUUUGGUGUCUGCAAUAUUUGCAGUGCACUCUCUGUGGUGGAGGUCUCGUCGCUCAUUGUUGCUCAUGCGAGCGUCAGCAACUAAGCACAUGACAUGGAAGCGGAGACCGACAUCCUCAAUGUUGUUUACCAAUCUAUAUCCGUAAUAUUCCUGCUGUCAUGCCAUUCAUAUGUGUACACACGAUCUGCAAGCUGGUGUCUUCUCCAUAAUAUGCAAUGUUCUUGUCCUGCGUUCAGCUUCCAACAGUCUUUAUUUUUCACGUGCAACUAUAAAUUGUUUUGCUGUUAUUCAUUACUCUUUGUUGAAUCAAGAGUUUGAGACUCCAGUUGAAAUGUUUUUUUUUUACUCUUAUGAUUAAUUAAAUCUCACAAUCAUGGGCAAAUCGUGACCAGUUAUGUUUUAUUUCGCUAAUGUAAAAACAAGUAUGGGUUAUUGUUUCAGUAGAUACGAGUUGGUUACUGGAGAUACUAGUUUAUCGGAGCAGUGCUGCAGUGAUUGGCGCACUGCUCAACAAACCUAGUGACCCAAAUUCGAUUUCCAGCCACAAAAACAACAACCGGUGGCGAAUGGAAUCUGAACCUUUCUUUGGCACCCCAAUCGGCAGGGUGUGGGUUUGGCUUUCAUCUCGAAAUGGACUGACAAAGCACCACCCUAAAUUAUUUAUUCUUUUUUUGCUUCCAGAGAAUGCACUAAGAUAGUUGUCAUUCACGAAUGUGUUCUCGUGCCAUGGUAACGUGGUGUAAAUGUUUAUGGUGAGAACAAGAGACGCAUUGGGGAUGUAGAAAAUGCCACGUCAUGUUGGUCGGCACGACCAUGGGGCUAGUUUACACUCAAAACACUGGUGGAUUGUAGGGUGGAUUGUAACGAGUGCUUUUUUAAUGUUAAAACUUUACAUGAUUUUGAUAAAUAUUUACCCCUUUUUUUAAUUCCUUCCCUAAGUCAUGCCCGGUGUAUAUUAUUGACAUUUGGUGGAUCCUAUUAACAUCCGUUUGAUCAUUGUGUCGACUGCAUAAGGUAUACAGUGCUGUAUCUACGUGAUGUAAAAGUAUUGCGGGAUUGUGUACGCACGAGAUGUUGACAAGCGAGUAAACUGUGUUGUGAAAAUGCUG